AUGCCACAACGUUGUAAGUGCCAAAUGAGCUGCAAACGUCAGUGCAUUCAAAAUGUCCGAACAAGACGGUGUGUAAAAAGACGUUUUGCGAUACUUUUGGUAUCAGUCAACGCCGUGAGCAGAUGCUUUCCGAAAAAAAUUUUUAGUAAUGACGUAUCUGUAAAAGAUAGACGUGGUGGAAAAAGGCAAAGACGCGAGCCUCAGUGGAAAGAAAAGAUUAUCGAGUACAUAAAGUCAAUACCGGCUCAAGAAAGUCAUUAUAGUCGAAAUGACGCUCUUAAUAGAAAAUAUCUCCCAACAGAACUUAGUGUGGUCAAACUAUAUAAAGGGUUUUUAGAAAAACACCGUGAUGGAUCUACUAAGCUACCAGUAUCUAGGCAAUGGUUUAAUGAAAUAUUUUUGACCGAGUUUAAUCUUUCUUUCAAGCCUCCGCGAGUAGACACAUGCCCGACGUGUGACUCUUAUAAAAUCGAAAUAGAUACUGCUCCAACUGAAGUAGUAAAAGACCUCGGUAAGCAUAAGUUGGAUUUUCAUCACAAGCAAGCUGAGAUGGCCAGAAAACUAAUGAAUAAUGAUGGAGCAGACUCUAGAUGCCCUAAUUCAGAUGUUCGAGUGGUUCAGUUCCACCUCCAGCAACAGAUGUACCACCCAACAUUAAUCCAUACACAGAUGUACUACAGUCGUCAGCUGGCGUUUGUCAAUAUGGGAAUUCACUUGGAGGACGAAGGAAAGGGCAUCAUGUUUCUCUGGAAUGAAACUGUUGGGCAAAAAGGGUUCCAACGAGAUUGCUUCCUGUCUUUAAAGUUUUUCACUUUUAGUGAAAUAGGAUACAUUACAGAUAAAAAGAAAUUAAUUUUGUGGUCAGAUAACUGUGGUGGACAAAACAAGAACCAAACUGUACUUGCUAUGUUCCUCGUUUUAAUUGCAAAAGGUUUCUUUUCAGAAAUUACUCAUAAAUUUCCAUACAUUUCUCGCCUGCGACCGUGA